CGCCUCGCGUAUCCGAUGGUCCACGUUGCUGCUAUAUGGAUGGACACGUGAUUCUCAACACACAAGGGGUUCUUGAUUCAGUGGUUGCACCUGCAAAAGGCAUCCGGACAGGGUGUCCGGACGCACCCUCCGAUGGUUUUGUUAGCCAUGGUGAGAAAGAGAUAUAUAAAUCAGUUGGCCUUUUUUAGGUAUCAAGAGGUUACCAGAAGAUCCCCCCUUCUUCUUCGUGCGAAGGUAUAUAUAUCCAGCUUCAGGGGUACUGUUCCUCUCAUUAAUGGUGAGGAGAUCUUUUCUGUUGUGAUGAUGACAAUAGGUAUUAGUAGGAGCACUAUCAUCCUAUGAAUGGCUGUCAGAGACUAUGGUAGGUGAUGCGGCCGUCAGAGAUCGUGGGAAGCGAUUAUGCAGAAUGAUCGUGGGAAGUGACUUGCUGUCACUUCCUCUUGUCUUCUCAUUCUGCAGGUGAUGGGAUGUGGGCCAUGGCUGCUUGUUGUGAUUGCGUGUAAGACUUGCUUUACUUUAAUUGACCAUCCAGAAGAUUUAUAUCCGGAUGGCUCAUGCUUACUAUCCGGAUGUGUUGUGGAGACUAUCCGGAUGUGUACGCUCUGCCAGCGUCGUUUGCUCUUCCUUGGAUAGGAGAAGAUGAAACGUCGUUUGCCUUUCCUUGAGGCGGUCCGGAUAGGAUGUCUACACCAUGCAUAUCCUUAGGGGAAUCCGGGUAAUGAUGGUCCGGAUGAUAACACGUGCCACGUGUCACUAUGAGCUGCGUGCCACGUGUUUCCCAAGGGGAGGGGUCCCUACAUUGCCCCCCUUUUUAACUUGCCUAUUUUGCCCAAAAAAUGGGCGGGUUAAAAAUAACUGGCUUUUGAAAACUGAAGAAGUCCCUUUGUCUGACUGGGCCACGUGGCGGGUGGGGGUGCGGAAGCCAAAAAGGCUUUUAUGACGAGCCGCCGACCCUGCGUAUCCCCAGACAAUAUGUCGUUUCAAUGAUAAUAUGGCUGUUGGUUUGGCUUUCCGAGGGGCUGUCCUGCUAUAAAUAGGGUACUGUACCUCUUUUUGUAUUUUUUCCUACUGCAUUCUCUUGAGAGUCUUUCUUCUUACUGCUUUUUCUACGCCCUUUGCUUUUCUGAGAGAAAAAAAACUCCGAAAGCUCUUUUGUACCAGUGCUUUUGUAUCGCGACUUUGUUGGUUUGCUGCUGGUGAUUUUGUAUCGAGGCGGUACCCGUUCUUCUUCUUCGGUGCUGUAUUUGGUACGUAUCUCUUUGCUACUGCCGUUCCUUUGGUUGCGUUUGCUGGUUCUUUACACUUGCUUUCUGGCUUGCUUGGGCAUUGUUUUGGACGAGUCGUUUGCAAUUGUUGUUGAAUGUUGGUACUUUGUUGUUGUUUGGAGGGGUUUUUGAGGGGUUUUUCUGACGGCUUUGAGUUAGGGUUUGUGUAUUUUCUGAUUGCUUGGUCUGAACCGUUUGCAUUGUUUUUGCGUGUAGAUUUUGCUUUGGCUUUGUGGUAAGGAAUGGCUCCAAAAAAGACUGUUUCGUCUGUCCGGGUCAGCGAGGCUAGCGAAAAGGCGAUAGACAAAUUAAAUGCGAAGGAGUUCCGGGAGCGAUUCCUGAUCCCCCAUGACGUGUUGAUAGACCUGGUGAACGAGGAGGCGGCUAUGCCUACUGAGAAAGGUGGAAAAAACGCUAUCCUCUUCACAAAGGAACAAUUCAACGCGGGGCUCCGGUUCCCUCUGCCGGCGUUGUUCAAGGAAUUCCUCCACUUCUCUCAAAUUCCCCCUAUCUUUAUUCACCCCAACCUUGUCCGGGUGCUGAUGGGAUGCAGCAUCAUCAACAUGCUGUACAGCCUCGACCUGACGCUACUGGAGGUGUUCUUUGUCUAUUCCCUGAAGAAAGCAAAGAAUGAUAUCUUCAGUGUGUCCGCUCACCUGCCCUCCCUUCAAAUGGUGACAGAACUGCCAGAUUCGACAAAGGGAGGGGCGAAGGGGCUGGUGGCAGUCUGGGGUGGAUGGGCGGGGCUAUCGCAGCAUCCGUCGAGGCCUUUUUCUCCGAAUUAUACCCUAAAAAUUCCGGGUUUGGAAUUGAGGGGCCACCUUGUGGAUUGGGUGGAAAAGGCAUCCUUUGCCUGUGUCUGCAAAUUAUUUGAAAUAGAUCCCAAGGAGAGGGCCUACAAAACAUUGCUCUCGGCGCGGAAUUUGACAGAGGUCGUCCGGGAGCCCCAGGAAUAUGUUAUCAACAUCCUUCCUAGGAAAUUGGCAAAGGAUGAGAUAGUGCCUGGGGAGCAUUAUACAGUGAAAGAGCUCCCCCUCUAUCAGGAAGCUAAAGAAGCUGACGCUGAAAGGCGGCGAAAGCUCCUGGAGGAUAGAGAUCAGAAAAAGACUGAAGGCACUAUCCGGAAGGCUCCCGGACAGAAGCGGGGUCCGGACUCCCCUCCGAAGAAAACUUCAGGAAAAAGGGGGAAGCUGGUGAAGAAGCAUGGGAAGGAUGCGAAGGAACCCACUCCUCCCAAGGAGUUUCCUCCUCCACAAACUACCUAUGAGGGGGAGGUAAUGAUAGAGGAGCCAGUAAAUGCUGCUCCGCACUCUAUCUCAAGCGGCCCCGGGCGCAUGUCGGGGUUGAAUCACUCAGGUCCCUCCUUAGUCGCGGCUGCGCGUCUAGCCAACGUGGCUGAGGAAGCUGCAUCUAUCAACCAUCCGGGCAACCUCAAUCCGGAUGCAGCUGAAACGGCCCCGUUGGAGGAAGCGGGGGCAGAAAGCCAAAGUCAGCCUUCCGACGACCCGGAUCGCCUGGCUAUAGUCCUGGUGAAAGGGCCUCCCCUCAAGAAGCCGCGUUUGACGCGCGAUCUACAGUCCGGACUCUUUGAGCGGCUUCAAGAGCGGCAGCAAGAGAUUGAAAUUAGCUGCGCUUCUGCUCAUGACGCUCAUCCGGAUGGAGGCGAGGUGGAGAUGGCUACUGAGACCUCAGCCGUUCCGGCAAUAAUUCCGGCUGAGGAUGCAUCCGGACCUAUGUGCCCGGACGAAAAUAUGGGGGCUCCGAUUCCGGGACACGAGCUACCCUCUCCUUCCUCAUCCGAGGAGGAAUCUGCUGAUGAUGCCGCUCCCGCUAGCCCUUUCAGCUACGCGGAGUUGGAAGCUAAGUUAAAGCAGAUUACUCCUGACUGGAAAGCCAUCAAGCCCUCUGCUAAGAUGUUUGAUAUGAUAGAAACGCUGGUGAGGGGCCUCCGCAGCAUGUCUCAACAACACGCUCUUUUUACUCAGCUGCUGCAGACCGCAGACUAUAUGAAGACCUUCUCCUCUCGGCACCGAGAGAUUGAAAAUCAACUGCCUAUGAUGAUUUGGGGAAUCCCAUAA